AUGACGCCGCGGAACGACUCUUUGCAGCAAGGAGGAAUCUUAGGAUCGGUAGCUAAGUUCUGGACUCAUUCAUAUGCACCCGACUAUGUAGGAUUUGCCGGCCUGUUGACGGCCUACCUCUUGAUUCAAUUUCUCGUCGAACCUUUCCAUCGCAUGUUCUAUAUCAAUAACUUAAAUAUCUCAUUCCCUCACGCCGAAGUCGAGCGGGUUCCAGUCUGGUUAAACUUUGUUUACGCUCUGUUCGUUCCUCUCGGAUUUCUACUACUAUACAAUAGCUUCGCCCGAGCCUCGUUCCAUAAGCAUCACAGCACUAUUCUUGGUCUUGCUAUCGCCCUCAUCCUCAGUUCGUUCCUCACCGACAUUGUAAAGAACACCGUUGGACGUCCUAGGCCGGACCUAAUCGCCAGAUGCAAGCCUGUCGCCGGCACCAAACCUAACGUCUUGGUGACUAUCGAUGUGUGUACCGAGACGAAUCACCAUACUCUCCACGACGGCUGGCGGAUAUUCCGCGAUAGGAAGGAUCUUGGCCGUUCGUUGAUUUGCCUCGCGCCCCUGGUUGGAGCGGCUAUGAUAGCCAUCAGUCGGUGUCAGGACUAUCGCCACGACGUAUAUGACGUCUGUGUGGGAUCAGCGCUAGGGUUUACAGUCGGGUUUUUUAGUUAUCGGAGGUAUUGGCCGCGUUUAAGUAGCCGUGAGUGCGAUGAGCCAUACCCGGCGCCUGGUACCGAGGUCAAAGAUGGGGAAGGCUGGAGAAGAAUCCGAGAUGAAGAAGAAGGCGGGUUAAUCAUAGGAAGAAAUACUGGGUAUGAGAUGGUCAACUUGAUAGGAACUCCUGGCUAA